AUGAAGCUCAAAGCCACCCUCCGCGCCCGCAUACCAGGGAUUCACUGGAGUCCGCACGACCUCGCAUCUUCAGAACCCUCGUCAUCAUCCUCAAAACCCAAAUCGCGAAUGUCUUUUUCACUAAAGUCAUCCGCUCCCGACUCCGCAACUACCACCCGCCCCCGCAAAUCCAGACUGGGCUCGACGACGCCCUCCGAACCCAAUGUCGAACUUGACGCGCGCACACUGGCGCAGGGCCAAUCGCUAUUCUUCGCCCGUCUACCAAUUGAGUUGCGCAGAAUGGUGUACGAAUUUGUCAUGGGCGAGGAAGUCGUGCACCUGACACUGAGCCAAAAGCGGCGGUUCGGCCAUUGUAUCUGCCAGUGCGAAACCUCCAUGUCUCACAAAGGCAAGCACCAAUGUACCUGUCGCGUCCUCGUCGGUGGUAAAAAAGGCGCAAGACUAGAUUCCAGCGCUGCAGCCCUGGUGCGAACAUGUAGACGCAUAUACGCAGAAGCAAUCCCGCAUCUCUACCGCACACACACCUUCUCCCUUCUCCACAUCACGCACCUACUCUACCUCCCAUCUUCCGUCCCCCAACUCCGACUCAACACGAUCCGCACGCUGCAUCUCCGCUGGGCCAUCCGCGCGCUACCGUAUCUCCGGCGUGGUCCCUCGAGUCGCGUGGCAUAUCGCGAGGAUACUGCGAAUUGGGAGACGGGGUGGGGGAUUAUCGCGGGAAUGCAGGGGUUGAGGGAACUAUAUGUUGUGCUCAUUGAUCCGAGUCCGCAGGGGUUGUGGGAGAGGAAUUGGUUGCAGCUUGAGGAUGUGUUGAUGGAGAGUGUGAGGGGAGUUACGCGGCCGAGGGAUGCCGUGGUGGUGAUGCCGUAUCAGAGUUGUGGGGUGGAUUGGGAUAUGGGGGAUGGGUGUGUACGGCUGGUGAGGCCGGAGGAUGGGGGUGCGGAGGAAGGGGAGGAGUGA